CUGUGGAGUGUGUUUCCAUAAAAUAUCAGCCACCACAGAUGAGGAGUGUAUUACCAUAGAAUAAUGACUACGACAUAUGUGCUGUGUAUUACCAUAGAAUAUUGACUGCGACAUAUGUGCUGUGUAUUACCAUAGAAUAUUGACUACGACAUAUGUGCUGUGUAUUACCACACACUAUUGACUACCACAGGUGUGCAGUGUAUUACCAUAGAAUAUUGACUGCGACAUAUGUGCUGUGUAUUACCAUAGAAUAUUGACUAUGACAUAUGUGCUGUGUAUUACCACAGAAUAUUGACUACCCCAUAUGUGCAGUGUAUUACCACAGACUAUUGACUACCACAGAUGUGCAGUGUAUUACCACAGAAUAUUGACUACCACAGAUGUGCAGUGUAUUACCACAGAAUAUUGACUACGACAUAUGUGCUGUGUAUUACCACAGAAGAUUGACUACCACAUAUGUGCAGUGUAUUACCACAGAAUAUUGACUACCACAUAUGCGCAGUGUAUUACCACAGACUAUUGACUACCACAGAUGUGCAGUGUAUUACCAUAGAAUAUUGACUACGACAUAUGUGCUGUGUAUUACCACAUAAUAUUGACUACCACAUAUGUGCAGUGUAUUACCACAGCCCAUUGACUACCACAUAUGUGCUGUGUAUUACCAUAGAAUAUUGACUACCACAGAUGUGCAGGGUAUUACCAUAGAAUAUUGACUACCACAGAUGUGCAGUGUAUUACCAUAGAUUAUUAACUACCAGAAGGGUUUAGUGUGUUACCACAUAUUGACUACCACGUAAGCAUUCAUCAUCAGUUAAAAUGGCAGAAAAGGGACAAUCAGUUGUCUGGGGUCAAGGUCAUGCGACAUGCGUACAUCACAAAGGGAAUACUUUGGACUGGUUCUGUGAGACAUGUCGUGACGUCAUAUGUGCCAAUUGUAUUUCUACUUCACACAAAGGUCAUGACAUUGUUCCGUUGAGUGAAGUCACUCCAAACAACAAACGUAAAAUAAAAACGUUCAUCAAUGAAACAGAACAAAAGGAGCUGAUUCAAAUACAACAGGAAAUCAAUUCAAACCAGGAGAGUCUGGAAAAACACCUUAGCCAUUUCAAGAGUGUGGCAGAAGAAGUGAAAAGGAAAGGAACGAAACUAAAAGAAGACAUUGAUGUUUUAACAGCUGAAACACUUUCACAGUUGAAACAUUUAGAAGAUGAAAAUACCCAACUCCUCACUAGUUACAAGACAGAACUCCAAAUGAAACUUGCAGAAUUGAAAGAUCAACUAAAUCAGUGUAAGGAAACCCUUCAGACUGGCACAGAUAUCAAGGUGUUUGACGUUACCAGAAGGCUUAACACAGACAUCACAUUACCUAGAAGACCAGUCCUUGGGACCGCCAAGAUCAGUCAAAGCAAAAAUCCUAAAGAAGCUUUAACGUCUGCAUUGGGGAAAAUUAUCUUGACUUCUUCUGGUCAAAGUGAUUAUCAUGUUUCUGCUGAAGUCGAAAAAACCGCCGAGCCAUCAGACAAGCAGCUAACGCGACCUUCAGACCAAAUGCCGUACGAUAUGACCAAUUCAACAAAACUUCCCACUAUUCUACCAAUCAUUUCAGUUCUGUCAAAAUGGGAUGCUCCAUCUGUGAUCAAGUAUAUCUGUCCUGCUAGCGAUAAAGGUGCUUGGGCAUAUGGACCUUACUUACAUUUGACACAGCUGACCAGUAAGGGAGGAAUACAGCAGGCGAUAUUUAGUCCUGUUGAAGUAACACACAUCUGUAUGUCUCCCUCUACACAAAAAGUCUGGGUAUGCUCUAGGGAAGAUAACAGUGUCAUGAAGCUGAAAUCAGGUAAAUGGUUGACAUCAAGUUCAUUGGUCCGUAAAUUCAACACGAGGGAUAAACCUAUGUGUCUGUGUGUUACUAAAGAUGGCCAUGUCCUUGUGGGGACGAAACACGGAAUCAUCAAGUACACUCGAGAAGGAAAGAAAAGUCUCAUGACAACAUCACCGUCAACGGAACCACUAAUGCGUUCACCAAUGAUGAUAUCGGAGUGUCCGGUCAGUGAGAAUGUUGCUGUACUUGAUGGAGAUUGGUCAAUUGAAAAACACAUAAUAGUGUUGAACAAACAUCUACAGGAGGUAUACAGGUACGGACCACACCAACACGGCAGUAGGCCUGAAUCCCAGACGUUCUACCCCACGUGUGUAACGUACGACAGAUUGGGACAACUGGUGGUGACUGACUUCAACAACAACUGUCUACAUCUGCUGAGUGGUGAUGGACAAUAUCUGGGAUUGCUGUAUACUGACAUAUACAGACCAAACGGUGUUUGUGUAGACAAGCAGGGAGUUCUGUGGGUGGUGCAUGGUAGCAAUAGGAAAGUAAAACGACUUAAGUACACCAGUGAUUAAAUCAAACUCAUCAUUUAAAUUGUAGACCGUCAUCUCCUACUAAUACUGAGAUAUGUACAAGGACUGGACUAUCGAUUGUGAUCCUGACUCUCCAUAUAAUUAUAUACAUAGUAAACUAUGACAUUUUUCCGUAGAAAACUUACAAGGCAAGCUCGUCAAGCCAAUCAACAGUAAAUAAAAAAUAAAGUUAAGAUAAAUUUAGAAAAAAUGGGUUUUCAGUAUUCUAGGAAAUGCCUUUGAGAGCAUAUAUUCCAUAACCCGUAUAAUGUACUUGACCACACUUGGACUAUGUCUUUCUGUUAUAGCCUAUGCAGUACAUUGAAGCAAUAUUUACAUUACAAAUCAUCAUUGUAUUUGUAUGCACAAAUUACAACAAAUAGGCAAGGGCAUCCUCCAAAUUCAAGGGAUCCGCUCUUGGAAUAUGCCUUGACAAAAUGGGAGACUUUUUACGUGAUCCCUUGUGGUAUACAGGGUCAAAGACUUUGAAAAAGAUCAAAAGAAUCGCCGUGGAUGCCAUGACGGUAAAGAAGACAGACCUUCAAGUUUAGUUCAGCCUAGUGAGUGACCAAGAUUUUGUAAUUGAAAACAAUCUUAAAGUUUACUGCCAUGACUUUGACAUGACCGAUUCCAAGGUCAGCCCUAUCGGGAAUGUAUUAAUUGGAUUCGAAGUAUACAAGGUUUAGGGGGUGACGCAUGUGUUGACCUGUUUCGAUCUAAACUUAGUUAGUUUGGUAGUUUCAGUAGUUUAACUUGAUUGAAUUGUCAAUGUUUAGUUUCAGCAGUUGUUAUUUACAGAAAUUUUGAAAUAAUAAUAUGUGAAUUUAUUUAAAUAUGUAUGUACAUAAUUUUUGUCUAAAAUUUGUCCAAAGUCACCUAAAUGAAAUAUGCAAUACCUGAUGGAUCAUUCCUGUCAACAACAGAUCGAGUCUGAUAUCUGGUCAUAAUGAGUAACAUUAUUUUCAGCAUCCUCAACAUUGAAAAAUAAAAAAAUCUAUCUAUAAUACCUUUGCUAAUUUCUGCUGGUAUUAUUCAAUUAUGCAAACAUCAUUGUGAAAAUACAUGUAAAUUGUUAUGUGACAACAACACGUUAUUGGUUGUUGUACUUCUGUUGGGUAUCAAACAUAUAAUGUGUGACGAUCAUUUCAGCAACUAUCAUGUAAGAUAGGAUUAUACUGGUCAUGUUUCUGAAUUUCUAGUGAAAACAAUGACCCAUCUAUGUAAUAACUUUCAUCUGGUAAUGAACUGUAUUAUCUGGUGUGACCAAACACAUUCUCAAUGAGUUGACAGAUGUGAAUUAAUAUUUUAAUUUUUGAAAGAGUUAUCUCCCUUGAGUUUCAGGGUUGCUCGUUAUCCAUAGAUGCCUUUGUGUGUUCCUUUGGAACUUGUCGUUAAGACAUACAAUCAUUCCAUUAUAGAAUAUAUCCAAUUAAACUAUUGUUUUAGAUUGCCAUGUGACUAAUAAUUAGAAUUGCACAUCGUCAAAUAAUAAUUACAUAUGCUUCCAGAUCGGAUAACAGCUUUGCAAGUAUAAAUAUAUACACUACGUGACACCUGCUAGUGUCAUUUCUACAAAUGUUCUCGGAGGCCAAGGUUAGAAGUCCUAUGCCUUUUUAUAUCACCAGUACGCCAUCCCAUUAUCUGCAUAAAUUUUCAUCUGACAAUGUGGAAAUAAUUUGAUGUAAACUAUAUGAGGAUCACUGUCCCACUGCUUUCGUUGCUUUUUAUAUACAGUUAAUUCCAUUGAAUUUUGUUUUGGAUGUAACUGGAUAACAAUUAUGUCAGGACACUUCAUUUGACCCGUCAGCUUAGUCGGUUAGAACGACUAUAUUAAAAUUGGAGGUCUAGGGUUCGAUUGCUAGUCUAACCCCUACGGACGUCAUCAGAUCUUUGUUGUUGUUGCUUGAAAUUUGUUUAUUUCACCUCAUUGUUGUCAUAAAAGCCUCGAAAGGUAUGGUUUUCUUUUCAUAAAUAAUCUAUCAAAGUUAUAGUCAUGCAAGAAAAACAAUGUCCAUUGAUUACAAUUGUCGGUCGUGGUAUAAGAAUCCAUAAGCUGUAUUAUUUGUGAGCACAGUAACGUGUAGUGUGUGUAUAGUGUAUGUGGGUCAUUUUUACCCCUUCCUUGUAAUAAUCAAAAUCUAAGUAUUGCAUAACUACUACAUGCUUUUCUAUGGGCCGGUGUGUAUUGAUGUUGCUUGUUUUGUAAUAAACUUUCCCUUUACUAAUCA